AUGAGUGUACCUCUACCAGGAGAAGGCAUUCCUCUUGAGGAGCUAUUCGGUAAUCCUUUCCACACAAAGAAAGAAAGAAAAGCAGAGCAACCGUUUGAAUACAUACCUUCCUCGUAUGUGUUACUGAUUGAUGAAAUGAUUGGGUCACGAACAAGACCAUGGAAUCCAGAGCGAACUCCCAUCAAGCCCAAACAGAUGUUAUCACUACCAGAGAUGACCAAGGAAGAGAUGCUCAUUUCGAGAGCUAUGGAGAAUUGUGUUGUCAAAGCGACAAUCUCAGGAGUUCUUGGUUAUGGAGUGGGUAUGGCGUUCGGUUUGUUCACAGCAUCAGUUGAUCCUUCUCUAAGUAUGGUAGGAGGAGAUCCCACCAAACAGUUGGGUUUCAAAGAGACCUGGAGAGAGAUGAGAGGACGAAUGUUCUCUUACGGAAAAAACUUUGGUUCCAUCGGUCUGAUGUUCUCUGGAACCGAAUGCAUACUGGAAACCGUAAGAGCCAAGAGUGACUGGAGGAAUGGCACUUACUCAGGAGGGAUUGUGGGAGCUGUGCUUGGAUUGAGAGCCGGGAUAAAGCCAGCAAUGUGGGGAGCUGCUGGUUUCGCAGCGUUCUCUACGCUCAUCGACCAUUAUAUGAGAGGAUAA